AUGCGGGUUGGAGGUAGAUUAGCAAAUUCUGAUUUCGAUUAUUCUAAAAAACAUCCGAUUUUAUUGUCACCUACCCAUAAGCUGACAAAACUUAUAUUUGAAUAUGAACAUGUAAAAUUAAUGCACGCAGGUCCCCAACUAUUAUUAUCGACAAUUCGUGAUAAUUAUUGGCCAAUUUCCGGCAGAAAUUUGGCGCGUAAAACCGUCAAAAAUUGUGUUAAAUGCGCAAGAUACGCAGGGCAAACGGUCCAACCAAUAAUGGGCGAUUUACCUAAAAAUCGCGUUAAACCGUCAUUACCAUUUUCAGUCGUUGGAGUCGAUUAUGCCGGUCCGUUUAUAAUGAAAAAUAAACCUGGUAGAGGUUGUAAGCCUAUCAAAUGUUGGGUAGCUCUGUUCGUGUGCUUCUCAACACGAGCUAUUCAUAUUGAGCUUGUCCUGUCAUUGAGUGCCGAUGAUUUUCUUCAAGCCUUUAAACGUUUUGUUGCGCGUCGUGGAAAACCGUCUGAGGUUUAUUCAGACAACGGUACAAAUUUUAUUAAAGCUAAUAAGGACUUGCUAGCAAUAAGUGAAUUUUUUAAAUUAAAUCAUUCAAUUAUAUGCGACACAGUUGCCACCAUAGACAUUCGUUGGCAUUUUAUACCUACUAAUUCACCUCAUUUGGCGGGAUUUGGGAGGCUGGUGUGA